AUGUCAUUGUCAAUCGGAGGCGGAGGGGGAGGCGGCGCGGCUUUGGCCAAAGGGGACGUUGCUGGCCUUCUGGACAAGGCCGAGGAGCUGGACCAGCUGCGGAAGGAGCAGGACGAUGUGGCCACCGAGAUCAAUAAGAUCCACAAGAAUAUCAUCUCCUAUAAGCAAUUUGCUCGAGGCCCGUCUCCCUUUUCCAUGCUAUCAUUUGUCUGGUUGUCAUUUAGGUCGAUUUGA